UGACGCCCUCAUAAUGUCACUUCAGGACAUUAAACUGGCCACGGAAUACUUUGAUAAUAAGAAUCGCAUUGGCCUUGGAGGAUUUGGGGAAGUUUAUAUAGGAAAAGUACCACAGGGUGAUGGGUUCAAUACUAUUGUUGCAAAGCGAUUGGAUACAAGUCAUGGUCAAGGGGAAAAAGAAUUCAGGAAUGAGAUCCAAAUUCUGUUCGAGUAUAAACAUGAGAAUAUCAUCUCUCUUGUGGGAUAUUGUAAUGAAAAUGAUGAAAAAGUCAUUGUUUACGAGUAUGCGUCUCGAGGAAGUCUUGAUAGGUAUUUGAAGGAUGCUCGUCUUACAUGGAUGAAACGGCUUAAUAUAUGUAUCGAUGUUGCAACUGCGCUGGCUUUCCUUCAUGGAGGAGUGAGAAGACAGGCAAUAGUGAUACACAGGGACAUCAAAACACCUAACAUUCUACUAAAUGAUAAAUGGAAUGCAAAACUUGCUGAUUUUGGGCUUUCCUUGAUAAGUCCAAUAAACAAGGAAACAGGCUAUGUCAUCGAUCAUGCGUGCGGCACAGAGGGCUACUUGGACCCCCUGUAUUCGGAAUCUGGUUUCUUAACAAUAGAAUCCGAUAUUUAUUCAUUUGGGGUGGUUUUGUUUGAGAUCAUGUGUGGGAGAUUUCUAACAGGUGUCGUCGUCAAAGAGAACUUUGAAAAAGGAAAAAUCGAUGACUUUGUAUUUGAAGCUAUAAAGAAACAGAUCGAGCCGAAAGCAUUGAUUGCAUUCAAAACGAUUGCCUACCAGUGCUUACAUGAGGAUAGAGAAAAACGUCCAACCGCAAAAGAAGUUCUAGAAAAACUUGAGGAGGCACGGAAAUUCCAAAUUUCAGGAAGUGAUUAAGCGUGCGCUGGUUGCAGAUUCCCUCAAAUGAAGCUGGAUCAAUUAAUUAUUUUUUGUUUCCCCUAAAUAAGAGUCCGGACUUAGUCUGGCUAACGUUUCCUGUACUCUUUGUUGCUAUUGCAGUUAUCUUUUCUUCUUUUAUUUUUACCUAUUUAAGGAUGGGGUGUCAUCCAUUUGUUUAAUCAAAUUCAGUACUUUUUACGGGCAAUAUAUAUACC